CAUUUUAGAACAGAUUAUAGUUGGAAGCAAAAUGGCUGAUGGUAGUUGCGAAGGAAUUUUUCAAGCCUGAUGUUGCAAUGCGGAUAGUCAUGGAUAGCGCGAGCUCGGACCAUAGUCCGCCUCUGAGUGAGAACGCAGGAAGCUCGUGGGCCAAUUGGGAAAAUGAAUUAAGCUCCGUGUCUGGACUAAACUUAGGAAGCAACAGUGAGCUGAACGGACUUGUGGAAGACAAAGAAAUCGCUGCCCGAGCUGUGGCAUUCGUUGUAAACAGCACUCGCAAAGGAAUCGUCCCACUAUGUGCCGACGUGGCCAACCUCCUGCAUGCGAAGAGACGAUUAGAGAAGAAAGUAUUUAUGAUGAAACGUGAGAAUGAAGCCCUGCGAUCAUCAGCGUCCAUCAGCUUUAGAACCAGCCAUUCCACAAGUCCCACACAGCCUGCUUUCUCAGCCUACACUGACAAGUCUUUGCUCCACGACCAGGGUGGUCACACACAGGAGCGGUCGCGGCCGUGUUCUCGGUGCAGCCAGUGCUCCAGCACGCUCAGCAACUCCCCCAAACUGGAGCAGACGUACAGCUUCAAGGGGCACCUCCACUCCCCCUCCACGCACCGAGAGAGUCGACGGCGAGGAUCCCCACGUGUCGGGCAUCGCCCGGUCAACGGAAUCCUGACCCAGGCGCUGAUCCACAGUCCGCCUGAGGGAGUGGCCACGGACUCCAGUGAUUCCAAUGUUGCCUCUGACAGGAAAAACUCUCUUCCAGAAAUCAUUUCUGAGCCUGAUGAUGGUAUCAAGAAGAUAAGUCCGAAGGCAUCAAAAGAAUCCCAGUGCUCGUUGCUACAAAACACAGACUCUACCAUUGAAGAACAGUUCAUUGAAACAGUGAAGCUCAAUUCAAAAUUAGCAGAAGAACUCGGCUCUGCCCGAAAAGAGAUAGAAAUAUUGAAAGGAAGAUUAAAGGAACUAGAGAUGAACCAUCUGGCCCGGGAGUGUGUCAACACAUUCGUCCAGGAUGAGGAUGGUGAGGGAAGUCAGUCGUCCAGCUCGCUGGAGGAGAAGUCGUUCACCGACUACGUCCUGCAGACAGUCGGGGGACAGCGCAACAACUACGUGCUCAAUGGACUAAGUAAGCCACGGAUUCAUCGGAAGAUUGCACUGACCAGCUUGAUGUUCCCGGAGCCUCUGUUUGGCUGCAAGUGCACGGCGUGCGAGGAAGCGAUGGGAGGGGAGGACAACACCGCCUUGUCUCACAGCCUCAGCGAGCACUUGCAGAAGUUCCCCAUCAGUGGGCGUGUCCAGGUGCAGCUGGACGACCAUGUGGUCAUCAAGGGGGACAGAACAGGACACAUCCGCUAUGUGGGACAUUUGGACAAAAUCGGACAACCCAACAUGAUAUUUGUGGGCUUGGAGCUUGAUGCUCCUGUUGGAAGGCAUGAUGGCUUUUUAGACGGGAAGCGAUAUUUUUAUUGUCGGAAGGAUCAUGGGAUAUUUCUGCCACUCCAUGACAUUGUCUGUCAUGUACACGCGAAGAAACAUGAGUCGAAGGAUACGGACGAGAGGAUCAAGAAGUCCCACCACAUCCCACCAACGUCCUCGCCCCUCCCGCGCAGCCGGAUACGAGCUUUGGCCCGCCGGAAGCUGGAGAAGAAGGAACUGGCGUCCUUCCUGAAUAAGGACAACAAUAGGAAACAAAAUUCAAGUGAUGUCUUGUGAUCCUGGCUCCUGGAAUUGUACAGAGAAUCCCUGUCUGUCCUCAUCGAUCCGCCUCAUCACCUGCUGACACACCCUGGACGGGUCUGGGUUAGAAUACAGGGGGGGGCCACAACAAUGAAAUACUUGGCAGAUGUUUUGUUUUGUCAACGUGAGGAUGAUUGUGUUUUUGUUUUUAUAUUGUAAUGACAAGUUUGUUAAUGACAGCAUAAGUCCAGGACACUAGUGAUGAACAGCUCAUUAGUUUGUUGUGGCCUUUCCUCGGUGUGUCCUUGCUGCAGUACUGCUGAUGUGGCUUAAAGCAAUGUGUAGUCUCACUCUGAUCUUGUUGCCUCCUUGAACUGAUUUCUGACCAACAGUGUUAGCAGCGAGAAGCCUUGGACCCAAUCUCAUUAAAAUCAGAACUUAGUUCUCGCUAUCGCUAAACAAAGACCUGAGGACAUCCCAUUACGGGUCACGUCAGAAUGACCUUUCAUCUGACCAAUCAAAGGGUCGCUUACCAGAUCAUGAAAGUGACAGUCAGAAUGUGUUUUCAAAUCAUGCAACCUUGAAACCGGAAACACGGGGUAUUCCGAACAACUGAUUCCGUCAAAAUUAUCAUCUAUCUGUCGCUUCCGUGGGAUAAACAUUUGAAAGGAGGAGGCCUUGCACAGUACUAGGGAAGUACUGCCAUACAAUCUCAACCAUAUAUUAGACUACCAGAAUGUUCGUUUGUUCCUUUAACAAAAUUUUAAUCAAGAACUGUGUCAACAUAUUUUAUUGUAGUCUGAAAUGGAAGUUGCCAGGUUGAAACAAGUGCCGUAAAGCUCAAGAAAGCUGCUUUCUAAUUGGCUGAUGUCGACUUCUUGUCAGUCAUUUCUGUGGUCUGUCAAAUUUUGCGAAAGGUCGUUCUGUCGUGACCCAUAAUGAGAUGUCCUCAGAUCUUUGUUCAGCGAGAGCGAGAACUUAGAUCUGAUUUGAAUGAGAUUGCCUUGGACUGGAUUACAGACCCAACAGAGCAUUCGCAUGUCGAAUAUUCCCAGUUGGAUAUAUUGACUUGGCAUUGUAGGAAUAAUUCCGUUUUUGAAAUUGUUGCAAACAAGAGUGCAAGAACUAUUUUGGCAGGUUGAUUUAGUGCUGAAGAGUGCCAAGCCCAAGGUCGAGUAGUUACGUAGCUAUCUGGAAAGUUGGUGUAGCUGAAAAGGGUUUUCAUAUGACUUUGCAAGCUGCUGUUUUCAGAGCUUUGACUUCUCAUUCAUAUGAUCUGAAGCUAUAUCAGUGUGAAUGUUGAUAAAUACAAGCUAUUUUGACAUGUAUGUAUGAAAUGGUGCAUAUAUCUGUGAUAAGGAGAUUGCUAGUUCAGCGUGGUGUGACCGAGGGUAGACUUCAACAAAACAGGACCCAUACAAACGUCUUGCAGGCUUGGUGCAUGAACUGCUGUGACCUGGAGAAACAUCUCGCGGCAGUGACCAGGAUUUCUGUCACAGAACACAACUGAUUUGAUCUUGGACACGUCAUUGCAUUCUUCUACAAUUUUCGCUCGGAGUGUCAACAGUUUGUAGAACAUGCCUUGAAACACAAAGCAGACGUGAACAUAUAAUUCAAGAUGUUUGUAGUUGAUGGAGCCUCUGACCAUGUCUGUGUUGCUGCAAUCUCGUCCAAUGUAAAUCUCAAUUACACCGAAGGAGUUACCAUGAAGUUUGUUAAUCGGGCAGCUGCUAAAGGGAGUUAAUCUGUAGUAACAGCCACUUCUGACUCAAGCUCUCGUAUGAACUGGUGCUACUGCUGUUGCUAGAUCACCUGUCAUCUGUUUAAUAAUUUAUUCCCAAAUGUUGGCUGAACAAUGAGGUGUUUGGAUGGAGGUUCCAUCGUAAUGUUUCAGCGUGAGGAUUACCCAGAAUCCCUCUGCUCCAAUGAUGAGUUGACCUUUUCCUGUAGUUCAUAUCUUAGGUCAAAACGACAUCUUUGAGUGAUGCUGCCAUCUACAUUCAGUCCCACAUUAUUGAAAUGUAUUAUUGUAUUGAUGUAUCAUGGAAUUCUGUUAUUUAUGAAAUAAACAAGACUGCAUGUGUUAGGGGGAGCAUCCCUGAAGUGACUACGGCCAUGUUUAAAACCCAAGAGUAAAGCGUGAAAUUGUAUUGACAAUUUGAAAUUUGAAGAAAAAUAAUAAUGAAUUUGAUUUCAAAGUUCCUAAAUAUAACAGUAUCCAUCCAUAAUGUAUAUUUGGUCCGAGUCCCCGAAAUCUUGACCAUUGUCAUCCAUUCAGGAGUGCUCCUCAGACGAGGCCGGUCUGUGUGAUACCAGAUUGAGCACACUCGGACAUUUCCCGAUGUAUGUAUUCACAAAUCUGUCUCUGUUAACGACGACGAGGAGCUUGCUUGCUACAAGUCCUCAGAAGUUUGAUCGAAAGUGUGCGCUGCGUACAAGGGUGACAUGUUUGUCUGCAAGUGUUUUAUUAAUCAACCACUGUGUACAGUUUAUGUUGACAUGUUCUUGACGAUGCCGAUCUGGCGAGAUUCUCAUGACUGAUGUUGUUUAGCACAUAUUUUGCUGUGUGCAUUCUGCCUGUAACAAGCUUGAUGAUGUAUAUACAUGAGAUACAAGUGCUUGGAGUUAUUAAUGACUAUGACAAGAUUGGAUUAGUUCUGUAGAUGGUUUUCCAUGUGUUGACACACCAGGGUGACAGUCAGUGGCGAGAUGUACACCAUCAGUGGUGGAUUUAAACCAACCGAUCAAACCCAGGUCUUCGGCGUGACGAGCAAACAUUUUAACCACUAGGCUACCCCACGGCCCCUCAAAUGAUAGAUGAAAAAGAUCACUGUUAGAUAAAGGACUCAGGUUAUGACACAUAAUUAGGUGGUUCUUCAUAUUGCAGUGUCUCAAUGGUAAAUAGUUGUAGUUGAGAGAAACGGAAAUGUUUGUGCAUCCAGUAUUGAGGCAUAUUAUGCAAGCAGGAGUUACAAAACAGGAAGUGCCUGGAAUUGGCCUUCCUGGUCCUGGUUUAGUUCUCAGUUGUUUUUCUGGAAUGUUGCAGGCGACGAGAAGAACAUAAAGACAAUCGCUACUUCAUUGGUUGUCCUGAGAGUUUUAUAUGUGUACUGUAGUGAAGUUGUAGUCUUCCAGGUGAGCUACAGUGUAGCCGUGGCACUAUUUUUGACAUCACUAGGUUGAAGAAGCUGAGCUUUAUUAUUAUUGGCAUCUUACAAAAUGUCUGCAUCUAUUAUUAUAUAUCCUAUUUGACUUACCAACCACCAUUUGGAUGACUAUGUCGCCACUGACUGGCCCCUGCCAUUUCUGUAUGGAUAGGUUCUGCCAGUGGAGGAAUAGUUGCUGGGGUGGGGUAGCUUCUAACUGCAAAGACGUUUGGUAACUUGGUUUCAAAAUUACUUUGUUAACAUGAGAAUGAUAAUUACUAGUCUUGAUAUUUUGUGAACUAUUUCUUUGAAGAACCUGUCCAUGAACUAAUUCUGUGUUGAUAAUAUUAAAUGUGUCUCCUUUCUUGCUCUGUAAAGGAAUAAAUUUCACAGUAAAUGUCAUUUUGUUCAA